UAACAGAGUUAUUUACUUGUGAUUUGGGCAAAAAAUUAUAAAAAGGCAAGGAUGGGCAGGGAGCGCCGACGUCAUUUAGGACUGACUGCUUAUUGGCCAGACAUACGUAAACGUACGCAUGACGUUAUUUUGAAAUUUCAGCGGUGAAGCGUCUGUUGUUUUUGUGUGACACUUGGCUUUGCUCCACUGCAGCCUUGUCUUUACGGUUUGAUAUUCAAAAUUAUUUUCGGUACUUUGGAUUAAAAAUGUCCUUUUCCAGAGCCCCGUUGAAAAGGUUCAACGACAACUUAGGUUGUGCCCCUGCUCCGGGGUCCUACGACAUCAAGCCUGGGGACCUGAAGGGAGCAGCUUCCUUCGACAAAUCUGAUCGAUUCAGACAUGUUAAGGCAGCCGCUUUGCCACCACCAUCACCCUCCAAAAACUUCCUAGCGUCACCAGUCCGCAGGACUAUGUCCGUUGAUGGUCUUGUUGAACCAUCAAGUGUAAAGAAAGAGAAGACUGCCCUGUCAAUGGAAAAGAAGCAGCAGAAACACUUGGAGAAAGAGAUAAGGUCCUUGGUCCAGCAGCGAGGAGAGCAGGACCGCCGUCUGCAGGCUUUGGAAGAGGAGCUGAAGAAGGCGGAGGCCAAGCUGCUUGCUGCAGUCAGGGAAAGGACAGGCCUUGCUGCUAAUGUUACCACCCUUGAAAGACAACGAGCUGAGCUCCAGAAAGUCAAUGAUUUCCUAAAAAACAAGGUGUCUGCUGACACUACAAAGAAGAGAAUCAAUUCUCUUACAAUGGAGUUGAUGGAGGCCAGGAACACUUUGGAUGAUAAAAACAAGGAGUUAAAAGUCCUGCAGAUUAACACUCAAGGCCAAGCAAAGGUGCUAGAAACUGAGCUCCAAGCUGCCAAGAUGACUGCCUCUGCUCUGAAGGACAGAAAUAAAGACUUGGAGGACCUUUACCAAGUGACCAAAACCCAGAGCGAAGAGCUGGAGAAUGAGAAUGCUAGAUUGCAUGCUGUGAUAAGGGAGCUGAGGGAGGAGAUUAGAGUUGUUCAGGAAUACCUGGACACAGCCAAUGACCAAAUCCAGGAUCUCCGUUUGAAGCUGAAAGAGAAGACACAGGAGAAUGCUGUUGCUGGUUCUCAGGGGGAGAAAGUAAAGCAACUAGAGACCGAGCUAGAGCAGCGCACUGCUGAACUAAAAAACAUCCAAGAUGUGCUGAGACAAAAGCAAGAGGCGGCACAAGAAUUUCAGCAAGAGCUGCAGGCCUCAAAGGAUGCCUUAGUAGAAGUCGAGAAAAGGUUGGAGAUCCAGGAGCUGGAGCUCAAGUCUUCACAGAGGUCAGUGAUUGACAUGGAGGAGCAAAUGGAGUCGGCCGACCAAAAAGUCAGACAGCAGGAGGCAGAACUCUGUAGACUGAGAGACGUGCUCAGAAGGACGGAGAAGGAGCUGGACGAGAGAGUGGCACAUCUUGAACAGAGGUGUCUGUGUCUCUCUGAGGAGAGAAGCAGGACUCAGGAGGAGGGAAUGAGGAGAGUGCAGGAGUUAAAAGCAGAACUUCUCUCAAUACAGGAAGUUAAAAGAGACGAGAGAAAGAGAUUCAUUCAGCUCGAGCAAGACCAUGCUACUCUUACUGAGGAGCUGACGAAAGAAAAGGCACUUGUGGACUCCCUGUCAGUGCUGGUGGAGCAGGAGAGGGAGGACUCUGAGGAGCGGCUGGGAAAGCUAAAGGAGGAGAUGGAGGAGGUGCUGGGAGAGCUCGCUCUCUUGGAGGAGCAGGAGCAGAGGAGGCAGGAGGUGGCAGAAGGGAGUCAGGAGGCCUUCCAGACUCUGCAGGAAAUAAACAAAGAGCUAGAGAGACAGCUGAGUGAUGCCAGGGCACUCUUGGAGAGUAAGAGCAACGAUGUGGAAGCUGUAAAAGAAGAGCAUUUAGCAGCCAUGACAGAACUCCAAGAGGCGCACACAAACUCACUGAGCAAGAUGGGAAACAUUGUCACAGAGCUGGAAAGCACCAAAGAGGCUCUGCAGGGAGCAGAGGGAAGACAGAAAGAGCUGGAGGCGGAGGUGGGGAGAGUGACGCACCAGAUGAAGGAAGAGAUGGAGAGAGUGAUUAAACAGAAAGAGGAGGAGGUCAGCAGAGUGAAGGAGGGGUUAGAGGAGCACCAGGAGCGACAGUUAGCGGAAGCAAAGGCCAGGGAGGAGAGUUCAAGAAAGUUGCUCGAGGUGCAGACUCGGCUUGCACAAAAAGAUGAGGAGAUAAAGGCCAUGGAGGAGAGUCACGCCGCCCUGAUCAAUCAGCUACAGCAGGAGCUACAACUGCAGACAAAGGAGAGGGAAGAGGCACUGGAGCAGCUAGAGGAACAGAAAGGUCAGGGUUUAACUCGCCUCCAAAAUGAGAUGGAAAAAGCCCAGAAACUGCUGGAGGAGCUUCACCAGGAAAAAGGGGAACUAAUGGAACAGCUCCAACAAGAAAGGGAAGAGAAAGUUAAAAUUCAGACAGCCCUUCAGGAGGAAAAGGGAGCCUUAGAGGUUGAAAGAGAACACCAUCAGCAGGUCAGGUCAGAGGUGCACAGAGUACAGGCAGAGCUUGAGAAAGUAGAUGAGGAAAGGAAGAGUCUUCUUUCUCAAGCAGAACUCAAAGAGCAGUCCAGGCUUGCUCUUGAAAAUCAGCUAAACACGGCAGAGCAGGACAGAAAUCAGCUUCAGUCUCGCCUCAAUGAGGUUGAACAAGGGGCUUUGAGCUUCCAGGCCCAAUUAGACCUUAUGGAGGAGAAGACACAGGCUCUGCAUCAUGAGUUGGAAGAACAAAGACAAGACAGACUGGCUCUGCAGGAGCAGCUGGAAGUACUGACUCAGGAAAAGGUUACAAUGCAGUGGGAGAUGGAGGAGCAGCGACAGGACCUCCAAAGACAAAUAACCGAAGCACAGGAACAAAGCGCCCAAAGUUCAGAGGCCGAACGCUGGAGGAAACAAUACGAAGAGCUGUUUGCAACCGUCAGACCCUUCCAGGAACAGCUCAACGCAUUCGCAGCUGAGCGAAAUGCACUGCUCAAUGAAAAUGGAGCAAACCAGGAGGAGUUGAACAAGUUGUCCGACGCCUAUGCCCGUCUGCUCGGCCACCAGAACCAGAAACAGAAGAUCAAACAUGUGAUGAAGCUAAAAGAGGAGAACAACACCCUAAAACAGGAGGUGGCGAAGCUUAACUCCCAGGUGAUCCGACAGAAGAGUGACCUGGAGCAGCUAAAGUCAAAGCUGCCUGGUGCUCCGCGCCGCAGGUUUGAUCCCAGCAAAGCUUUCCAACACGACAAGGAGAAUAGGCGAAGUGAAACUCUUAAAGAAGGAAAUCAUUAUGCAUAAUGGAGCUCUUCUGCAAGACGAGAACUGACAACUUAAUUAAAUCCCUAUGGUUUGUACAAAUAAUUUUGUGUCAAUUCUGUUAACUGCUUUCCUACUUGGUGCUGUAUUACAGCCCUUCUUAAAUUGUUACAGAGAGUGAGGAUGUAUGGAUUUGUUUUGAUUUUUAAAAAGAAAAGUUUGGAGCAGAUUGUACGUGUGUGAAAAUAAUGAGAUAAUAGAUGGCUACAUGUCUGUACACAAUCUAGAGAACAAUAGCAUAGUCAGCAUUAAAAUUUUAAGGUGUGUUAUAGAAUUUUAUCUUAUCAUUUUUAUCUUUCCUAAGCAAUUCUUGUGGUAGCAGAACCAGUAACUAUUUCAUGUUUAUAAAUAUUUCUUCUUUGUAAAUAAAGACAGAUUUUAAUGCU